AUGAUGAAUCCCCACAUCACCCAAAAUUAUAAAAGGUCCACUCAUCCAACGUCAUUACCUCUAAAUAAACUAUUCAAAGCAAAUUUCCCAUUAUCGAUUAAGGAAUCGGUAAAUGACUUUAAGUAUCGAAAUAAUCCUUUGAAGUUUCAAAACGACUUAUUAUCUUUAUUGCCAUUUUAUCCAAAUCCUGAUAAGUUGGGCAGAUCAAGUGAAGUACUAAAAAUAUUCAUUGAUGAUGAGAAUUAUAUAAAUGAAUUUGUCAUCUACCCGGCUAAUUAUGAUGAAUCCCACUACCUUAAAUAUAAACACUUGAUCUUGGUCCAUGGCUACGGGGGUGGCUUGGGGUUCUUCUACAAAAACUUCAAUCAGAUUCUGCAAAAUGAAAACUGGAUCAUCCAUUCAAUCGAUCUACUUGGUUACGGUUGUUCUUCCAGACCAACCUUCACGGCUCAAAACUUAUCCGAAGUAGAGUCCUGGUUUCACGACUCUUUCCAAAAAUGGUUGACCUUGAAAAAUUUACAUCUAUUCCCGGAAAAUAACUUGGUGGUGGCUCAUUCAAUGGGUGCUUACCUCAUGGCUACUUAUGGCAUCUUGCAAAAUCCUUCCUUUGCUAAAAAAAUCCUCAUGAUAAGUCCCGGUGCUGUAUUGAAACACCGUAAACAAAUCUUUGUUCCUAAAUAUUUUGCCAAAUUAUGGGAACAAAAUAUAUCCCCCUUUACCCUAGUUAGAAAAUCAGGUCCUCUAGGCUCAAAAUUAGUUAGUAUGUGGUCUUCAAGAAGAUUUGCUAAUUUACCCAAAAUUGAACGUCAAGCUUUACAUCGUUACGCUUAUGGUAUCUUUCAAAGUAAAGGUUCUGGUGAAUACAUGUUAAAUUUUUUAUUGGCUCCCGGUGCAGAUGCAAGACAUCCACUUAUUGAAAGAGGUUUACAUAAGUUAAAAUGCGAUAUGCUAUGGUGUUAUGGUAAAGAUGAUUGGAUGGAUAAAAAAGGUGGUGAAUUGGCUAGUUCAAUCAUUAAUAAUUUAACCAAAUCAAAUAAAAGUUCCGUUUUGGAAAUUGAUGAUAGUGGUCAUCAUAUCUAUCUAGAUAAUAUAAAAGAAUUUAAUCGUUUACUACUUAAUGAAAUGGAAAAAUUUUAG